AUGGCGGCCAGGUCUCUGCUCCACCAGCCGGGUCUGAAUCAGCCCAUGGAGACACGAGGAGGUGCGGCUGAUUAUGUGCUGGAGCGACUGGAUGCGACCUUUGCUGAUUUCUGGGCCAAAUUUGAGGCUCUUAUUGAAGCGACACCAAAUGAAUCUCCUGAAGGAGAGCAACCCAGAGAGUCACUCUAUACGCCUGCUGAAAAGCAAGCGGGUCCUGGGGGUCAUCCUACUACACGAAGCGGCAA